UUCCUGCGGACGGCGCAGUUGGCCGCUGGACUGGGCGUUGUAGGCUGUCAUGGCCAGCCUGGCAGCAAACGGAGCUUGUUAGCCAGUUAACAGCUACAACUAGCGGUAAACUUAAUUGGGACGAGAGUGACGAAACGUCCCUUGUUGUGUGUGUUGACUGACAGCACGUCCGCACACAGGCUAGCUAGCUAGCCGUUUGUAUGCCAGUGCAGUGAAACUACAGGAGGACAUACAAAGACUGUCUGCAAAAAAUUGUGCCAGAUGUAUGCAGUGUGACACCAAAUUCGACUUCAUCAGAAGAAAGCACCACUGCCGGCGGUGCGGCCGGUGUUUCUGUGAUAAAUGCUGCAGUAAGAAGGUGGCGCUGCAGCGCAUGUGUUUUGUUGAUCCGGUGCGGCAGUGCGCCGAGUGCAGCCUGGUCUCCCAGAAAGAGAUGGAGUUUUACGACAAGCAGCUCAAAGCGCUUCUGGGAGGAGGCACCUUUGUUGUCACUCUGGGAACAUCAGAUAAGGCUGAAACCAUGACGUGUCGCCUCUCCAACAACCACAGGUAUCUGUUCCUGGAUGGUGAAAGCCACUUUGAGGUUGAGCUGUCUCGGAUCUCCAGCAUGCAGAUUUUGACGGAUGGGACAAGUCCAGGAGAGAAUGACAUUCACACUUACACCAGUCUGCUGGACAGUCACUUUAUCUCUGAAGGAGGGUCAAGAGCCAGUGGAAUGCUGCUCCAUUACAAGCCAAUGGGCUCGGAGGAUGUCCAGCAGCUCCGCAUGGAGGCGGCAGACGACAAGAAGGUGGCCUCAUUGUGGUUGGCUGCGAUGCACAAGGCAGCCAAACUGCUGUAUGAAGCCCGAGACCAGUGAGGGCCAGGACUGAAGCUCCAGGCAGCGCACACCCAAGUGUUUUGUACCCCUCUCAGCCGGGUUUGGUACCGUUUGGAUUUUAUUAACACCAAU